AUGUUUACAAAGAGAAAAAUAGGAAAGAAAAAUACCAAGAAGAAUUUAGACGACGAUUUGAAUUGUAAUUAUAAUGAGGAAAAUGCAGAUGGACAGUUAACGAAGGAAGAACAAAGAUUUACUACAAAUAUACAUGCACAAGGUCAGAACGAUAGAGAUAAUAUAAGUUCAAGUAAGUCUCUACGUGAACCUCUAAGGGAGGAAGGACUGGAGCUGAUAUGCGCUGAAGUGGGAAAAAAUAAUAAUAAACUUGAUGAUAAGCGAGGUGCUACAUAUGUGAACAGGAGUGAGUCCUAUCAUGAGCAGCGCCAUAAGCAGCAUCCUGAGGAAGAACACAUGGGAAUGAAUCGCGAAGAUAAACAUACACUAUGUGAACAUGGCAAUCCUAUGGAAAAAGAGGUAAAUGAGAAAGAGAAAACAAAAAAAAAAAAAAAGAUAAAUUAUAGAGAAAGAAAAAAGGAGGAAGAAACAAAUAGAGUAAAUAAGAUGAACACAAGUUUUCACAUAUACAGUGAUGAAGACACGGACAGUUACAUAACUAUUAAGAAGAAGAAAAACAAAAAAAAAGAUAUUAAACAAGUAGACGUUUCGAAAGAUUUGAUUAGAGAUACAAUAGACGUUGUUACAAGUAUUAACCUGGAGAGAAACGCGGAUCAAAAUUGGAAAAAUAAAAAUUAUUCUAAUGAAGAAGAUGUUUCAAAUGGUCAUCCAGUCAUCUACGAAGAGGAUGAAGAAGAUGUAGAUGAUAAAGAAGAUGUAGAUGAUAAAGAAGAUGUAGAUGAUAAAGAAGAUGUAGAUGAUAAAGAAGAUGUAGAUGAUAAAGAAGAUGUAGAUGAUGAAGAAGAUGUAGAUGAUGAAGAUGAUGAAGAAGAUGUAGAUGAUGUAGAUGAUGAAGAAGAAAAAAAAAAAUUAAAGUUCGAACAAUCUGUUAAGCAAAGGCACUUUUAUAACAAAAAGACAUAUAGAAAAAUCAACAAAGAAAAUGAUGUUAACUCAUACAAUAUAAAACAUCAUGUAUAUGUACAACAGGACGGAUAUGUAUCUAGAACUGAUAUUGGUUCUUCAGAUGGAAGCAGUUAUGGUCAGUGCACGUUUAACUUGAAAAGGGUUAACAAUAUUUUGAGUGAACAGGCUGUGCACUUGACUGAUGUGAAGGAUCCUCAUCGUAUAGACCAUAAAGGGAACGACGGAAAGGUGAUCCCCCCUCAAGAGAAAUUAAAUUUCGAAAGUGCUGCCAUAAGUGCGAGCAGUGAGAAUGUAGUGAUGGAUGCUGGCUAUGAGAACCUAUCGAUGAAUGCAUCCCUAAAUGUUGACGAUGAAAUCAUCGCCAUAAACAUGGAAGACGAAGGUGAUGAUACGGAAAACGAGGAAGAAAGAAAAUUAAUUGAAGAAAUAAAAUUAAAAAAGAAAAUACUAAGGAAAAAGAAGGAAAUUAACGAAAGUAAUUAUUAUCCCUUUGAUGGAGAGGACAACUAUGGCAUUAACGAAGAAAACAACAAUGGUGAUUACCACCACGACGAUUACAACUAUGAUGAUAGCUAUGGUGGACUCUCUCCUCUUUGCGGUAUUGAAAAAAAAGAAAAAAUUAAAAUUUACACAAAUGAGCAAACGAAGUGUACGAUGGAGGACGAUUUUGACAUUGACGACAUUUACAAUUACGAAACUGUGAAUGAAAUGAAAAAAAGGUUGUUAUUGAAAAAAUGUAGAAAUAAAGAUAUAGAAAAUUUAUAUGAACAGGGGAAUAACGAUGCAGACAUAAAUACUUUAUUCUACGAUUAUUUAAGGUCAAACGGAGGAGAAGAGGAAGAAAUAGAUAAUGCCAUAUAUAGUGAUAUAAAAUUAGAAGGUCGUUAUGAUCAGCAUGAAGACGAUAAGAUUAACAAAAUUGUUGGGAGGAAACUUGUUUCUGAGAUAAAGAGGUACAAGAAGGACAAUAUUGAAUAUGUGAUAGACCCUUAUGUGAAUGAAGAUACUAACAUAAAGUAUGAUUCCUCGUUCGAUGUAGCAAAGGGGGAGUUUGCUACUUGUACGAAAACGAACAUAAAUAAAGACGGUAUUGUAAAUUAUGUAAGUAAGGAAGACGAUUCUUGUAAACCGAAUAAUGGAAAAAAAAGUGUUAUCGAGAAGGACCUAAAUGUAUCAGCCAUUCCUUCAUUUGAGGAAGAUCUUACAAGUAAUUACCUUUACAUUAAUGAAAAUAAAAAAUUAUUUGAAAAAAUUAAAAAUGCUUUUGAUAACAAAGCAGUAUGCAACCUGCAGAUUAUAAAAAUGCAUAAUUAUAUAGAAAAAUUAUUUAGUGAGUAUAAAACUAAAAUGAAAGAGUCCAGUCGAGUAAAAAAAUUAGAGAGUACAAUGCAAAAUGAGCAUAACCAACUAACAACUAUUUGUAGAAGAAAAAAAAGAGAAAUAAUUACGUGCACUAUUUUUUUCUAUUUUGUUAUCAAUUUAACAAAUCUUAUUUUUGAUAAAUAUAAAUAUGUCGAAGAUGCAUUAAUAUCAUUGCAUAAUUUGGAAAGCACUUUUCAUUUAAUAUAUCAUAAUCUCAAAUUGUAUUUGUAUAAAGAGUAUUAUGAAAAGUUCAAGCUUACAUUUAUAAAGGAUUAUAUUUUUAACUCCAAAUAUUAUAUAAAUAAAAAGGAAAAAAGUAAACGUGAUCAGUUAAAGUUGUUAAUGCGUAAUAAAAUUAUUAAUAAUUAUGAAUGUGUUAAUGAAGUCAUGUUAGUUAAUGAACAUAUUGUCAAUGAGGUAACUGAUCAUCAGCAUUUUAACAACUCAUUUUUACAAUACAUGUUUGAUGGAUUUUCAAGUAACUAUUCAACUGAUUCGUCUACUGGGAUUGAAUCUUCCUCCAGUCUUACAUCACUCGAUAUGGCUACUUCUCCAGCCUCAUCAUUGAAUAGUUCCAGAGGAAUGGGUAAAUCGGAUAAGAGGAAGGGGGUAAAAAAAGAAAAAAAGGUACACAACAUUACUGUGCAACUAAAAAGAGAAGCGGGAAAUGCUAGUGAACACGCAAAAAUUGAAGAGAAAAAGGAAAAAUUAGAAAAAGAGAAAUAUUUUCAAACAGUAAAAAUGAAAGACAUAAAAAAUAAAUUUUUGGUAGCAAUUAAAAAAAUAUUUGAAAAUGUUAACAUUUAUUUUUUAAAUUUUAAAAAUGUUAUAAAAUAUUUCUAUUUACUAAAGUUGUAUAAUUAUGAAUUUUAUAAAAAUAAUAAUUGUGCUGCUUGUUUUGAUGACAUACUUUUUUUUUUUGUAAGAUGUGAAUUAUUAUAUUGGGAUCCUCUUUUUCAAUUCUCUUUAAAAAAAAAAAAAAAAAUUGACAUUCUGCAUUUUUAUGAAAAUAGAAUGACAAAUAAAUCCUUUGAUCAAAAUUUUUUCAUGAAUGAGCAUGUGCAUAAGCUGGACGGGAGGUUAACAAACAUGCACACAGGUUAUAGGAAGCAGGAACAGGAGCAGCAGCAGCAGCAACAGCAGCAACAACAGCAACAGCAGCAACAGCAGCAGCAGCAGCAACAGCAGCAACAACAACAACAGCAACAACAACAGCAGCAACAACAACAACAGCAACAACAACAACAGCAACAACAACAACAGCAACAACAGCAACUGUAUUUAUUAUAUUCGUCCGGAACCCCUACCCAAAAUUACGGUACUAAUACGCAUGCAAGAAGUGAAAGUGACAAGGAUUACGGCUCCUCCUCAUCAAGAUCGGAAAAUAAUUUUUCCAUGAGUAGUUCGAACCUUGAGAAUGAAGAAAGCGUGCAUGUGAAAGAAGAUGAAGGUGUCGAAAGAAGCUCAAAUGGAAAAAACGAUGGCAGCGAAAGAAGCUCAAAUGGAAGAAGCGAGAGUGAGAAUAGACGUCCCUCCCUUUUUAAAAAUGACGACUUCAGGAAAAAAAAAUACAAACUUGAAAGAAAUUCCUUUCAUCAUAACCCAUGCAUAAAAUCUUUUGAGUGGUACAAAUUUAUGGAUGAGUUAAGGAUUAUAUAUGACACUUGUAGCGAAAAACAAAUUCUACAAAAGCUAUAUUACUAUAUUCUUAACAAGCGUGUUUUUGAAUUGAUAGGCGUCUGGAGCCCGUUAUCGCUUAAACAGAGCUACAAUUUAUAUGUCAUAAUCAGAGAUUAUGUGUUAUAUAAUAGUGGUAAUAAUGGUAGUAAUGCUGAUAGUAAUGGUAGUAAUACUGAUAAUAAUGGUAAUAAAGAUGAUAGUAAUGGUAGUAAUACUGAUAAUAAUGGUAAUAAAGAUGAUAGUAAUGGUAGUAAUACUGAUAAUAAUGGUAAUAAAGAUGAUAGUAAUGGUAGUAAUACUGAUAAUAAUGGUAAUAAAGAUGAUAGUAAUGGUAGUAAUACUGAUAAUAAUGAUGAUGAGCAUCAAGAGGGGAGAGUAUUACUAAUUCAGAUAUUAAAAGAGAAACUCAACUGCUAUAUAUGCACAUUUUUGCAAUGCUAUAAAAAUACAAAUAAUAGCCAAAAAAAAAAAAAUAUUUUUUUAAUGAGAUGCUUAAAAAUUUUGAAGUCCAUAAGAAAUAUUGUGUUAUUAUUAAAUGACAAAGAAUUAUAUGAUAUUAUUAAGAAAAUAUUUUAUGAUUAUGUUUUAGCGAAUUAUGAUUAUUCUAGUAAGUUUCAUAAUUUAACACUAUCCGUAAUAAUACAUAUAAUAAUUUCUAUAAACAAGGUAGGUGAAGACAAUUCACAUGAUGCCAGUGGGAUUAAUCAUAAUUUAAUUGAUGAUAAUUUUUAUAGGGACAUUAUGGAUAUAUGGAAUAAAGUUAUGACAAAAUUAAAAUCAGAUCAAUUUGAUGCUGAUAGGAUCAAGAUGGAAAAUUAG